GUGUUUUGUUUUCUUCUUCCUUGUUUUCCUAACUACACUCCCCACACCACUCUUCAAUCCACGCACAAUGUCCGUCGUCUCUAACGCCAAGCUUCUCGAAAAGUAUCUUUCCUUGGAACAGCACGGUGCCGUCCAAGUCGAAUAUGUCUGGAUCGACGGUUUCAACAACCUCCGUAGCAAGACCAAGACCGUCACCAAGGUUCCCCAGUCUGCUGCCGAGUUGUCCGAGUGGAACUACGAUGGCUCCUCGACUGGUCAGGCCGAGGGUCACGAUUCCGAUGUCUUGAUCCAGCCCGUUGCCUUGUUCAAUGAUCCCUUCCGUGGCGGCGACAACAAGUUUGUCCUCUGCGAGACCUUCAACCCAGACGGUACUCCCCACAAGAGCAACUACCGCAACGCAUGCAAGAAGAUCAUGGAUGCUCACGCUGACAGCAAGCCUUGGUUCGGUCUUGAGCAGGAAUACAUGUUCAUGGAUCCCCAAACUGAGAAGCCCUAUGGCUGGCCCAAGCUCGGUUACCCUGAACCUCAGGGCAAGUAUUACUGUGGUGUUGGUGCUGGCAAGAUCUUUGGUCGUGACAUUAUUGAAGCCCACUACCGUGCCUGUUUGUACGCAGGUAUCAAGAUCUCGGGUAUCAACGCAGAGGUCUCUGCUUCGCAAUUCGAGUUCCAGGUCGGUCCUUGCCUUGGCAUUGAAGGUGGUGACCACUUGUGGGCUGCCCGCUACUUGUUGGAGCGCGUAGCUGAGGACUUUGGUAUUGCUGUCACUAUCCACCCCAAGCCUAUCAAGGGUGACUGGAACGGUGCUGGUUGCCAUACCAACUUCUCCACCGAGGAGAUGCGCCAGGAAGGUGGUAUCGUUGCCAUCGAGAGCGCCAUCAAGAAGAUGGCCAAGCGUCACAUGGAACACAUUGCUGUCUAUGGUGAGGACAACGACCAGCGUUUGACCGGCAGACACGAAACUGGCCACAUUGAAACCUUCAACUACGGCGUUGCCAACCGUGGUGCUUCCAUUCGUAUUCCCCGCCAAGUCGGCAAGGAGGGCAAGGGCUACCUCGAGGACAGACGCCCCGCUUCCAACAUCGACCCUUACCGCGUCACCGGCAUCAUUGUCGAGUCCACUUUCUGGCCCGAGAACUAAAUCCAUCUCCUAUUGUCACACUCUAAAAAAGCUCUUUCUCUCUUAAAUCAUCUACCCACAUAUUAUUAACUUCUUUGAUUUUGUACAGACAUGUUCCCUUACACACAUCUCACAUUUCCUUCUCUUAUCGUUCUCCUUUCUUCCAUAUUCUUUUUGUAUAGUUUAUAGUUUUUCUUUUAUUUCCUAUUCCUUUUAACUCUAGAGAAAACACGCAUACCAAAUUCAAGCAUGUGAACGAAAUAUAUUUUACAUACAUCUCUUUUCUUAUCUCUAUUAUCUCUAUAUUUUCUUCAUUUGGACUCAGUCACU